AUGACUACAGCAGCACGUCCAACCUUUGAUCCAGCUCGUGGUCGUGACAGUAAAGCACCCACGUUACAAUAUAGCUCGCGUGAUUUAGCCGCACAUACAAAGUUAAAAUAUAGACAAUCAGGUCAAUUGACACAAGAAGAACUUGAAAACCUUGAUCUAAAACAAGAACUACUUAAAGCUGAGCGUGAACACUUUGAAAAGACUCGCAAAGAGGGUGGAGCUAUUGGAAGUGCAUCAUUAGACGAUAAGAGCGUAGAAAGUAUUGAAGAGCGAAAACAGCGUCUAUUAAUUGAGGCGGCAGAGUUGGAUAAAGAUGAUAGUGAUGAAGAUAGCGAAGAUUUUACUGAGAGUGAAAG